UCAUCUUGCUUCCUUCCUGGGUCUACUGGAAUUAAUGGACUUGACAAACUUGAGCUUGUACGUGCAAGUGAAGCUUACACUCUUCUAAUGUAUGUACCUCCCGAGUACUUCACCCGGGCCUCUCGCACGGAACUUGUGAAGAGAGCGGUGGGUGGUGACGUCGCUAUAUCCUCCGUACUUCAGGUCACAAGUGGUGGCGGGACGCCGGAUCGGAGUGACAGGGAGCACUUGGGAAAGGGAAAGAUAUGGUUGAUUCACCCCAAAAAUCCGAUGCUGGGUAUGAGAUGGACAUGGACGAAGAAGACGAAUCCGGAGUGCGAGGGCUUAGAGAACUCUGUUUCCACCAUCUCACGGUAUUCCGUGCCUUCCUCUAUCGUAUGGGCCAGUUGACGAAUGUGCUGGAUUACAGCAUAUCUCGUGCAUGUCACCGUCAAAAUUGGCCACGUCGUCAGAUACACUUACAAAAGAGACGCUUAAUCUUGUUUCGUUUCACCUAUUUACUGUCCGCGCGUUCAGAAUCUCGAGGCAGAAAUAGCAGUGGCCUGCAUACUGAGCAGUCUUAUUGCUGCUCAGCCGUUCUCCGACGUGUCGUCGCAGGGAUUAUGGUAACAUGUGCUUACCCAAUCUGUUGUGUUCCGACUCAUAGAAUGUCUAAGAGAAUACUAUGCUCCAAGAGGCGGUUGUAUCUGCGCUGAAGACAGUGUACGAACCCUUUACACCUAUCCUCGAUCCAGACGAGGAACAA